AACACUUCUGUUUCCCCCGCCGACUGGUUGUUUCUCAAUCGUCGUCGUUUCUUUACGUGCCCUACAUCGCGCUUCUUGACCUGCCUCUGGAAGCUUUCUUCUCUCCUCCAUGGCUAUUCUUAACGGCAACUCGACGGCGAGCCCCUCCUCCAAGGUCGAGGAUUUCCACGCCGCCCUGGACAUCCUCAAGAAGGACUACCCUGAGCGCGAUGGCAUCGAUGUGAAGACCCUCAUAGACUCGCGUCUCAACGGUGGUCUCACGUACAAUGAUUUCCUCGUUCUCCCGGGUUACAUUGGCUUUCCAGCCUCUGAAGUCACUCUUGAUACCCCUGUCACCAAACGUAUCACCCUAAAGACCCCGUUCGUCUCUUCUCCCAUGGAUACGGUCACCGAGCACUCCAUGGCCAUCCACAUCGCCCUCUUGGGAGGUCUGGGUGUUAUUCACCACAACUGCUCGCCAGAUGAGCAGGCAGAGAUGGUCCGCAAGGUCAAGCGCUUCGAGAAUGGCUUCAUCCUUGACCCCGUCGUCAUCUCGCCAAAGACAACUGUCGGGGAGGCGAAGGCGCUGAAGGAGAAGUGGGGAUUCGGAGGCUUCCCUGUCACUGAAAACGGCACCCUACGAUCGAAACUUGUUGGUAUAAUCACGCCUCGUGAUAUCCAGUUCCACGCCGAACUUGACGACCAUGUCACCGCCGUGAUGUCGACCGACCUAGUCACAGCUCGUACUGGAAUAACUCUCAAAGAAGCCAACGAGCUUCUUAGCAAGUCCAAGAAGGGAAAGCUACCAAUCAUUGACGAGAACGGGAACUUGGUUGCCCUUCUAUCUCGUUCUGAUUUGAUGAAGAACCUUCAUUAUCCUCUUGCUUCAAAGUUACCUCACUCUAAACAGCUCAUCUCCGCUGCCGCUAUUGGCACUCGACCAGAGGAUAAGAACCGUCUGCAGAAGCUCGUCGAUGCCGGACUAGACAUUGUAAUCCUCGAUAGCAGCCAAGGAAACAGCAUGUAUCAGGCAGAGAUGAUUAAGUUCAUCAAGGAGAAGUACCCGGGUCUCGAUGUGAUUGGCGGAAACGUCGUCACCCGUGAGCAGGCCGCUACUCUCAUUGCCGCCGGUGUCGACGGACUUCGGAUCGGUAUGGGCAGUGGCAGUGCUUGUAUCACCCAGGAGGUGAUGGCAGUUGGCCGACCACAAGCCGCCGCUGUCUACAACGUUACCCAAUUCGCCAAGCGCUUUGGCGUUCCUUGCAUCGCUGAUGGUGGUAUUCAAAACGUUGGCCACAUUGUCAAAGGUCUUGCCUUGGGCGCCACCACUGUAAUGAUGGGCGGCCUGCUCGCCGGAACUACCGAGUCUCCAGGACAAUACUUCGUCAGCCGCGAGGGUAAGCUUGUUAAAGCGUACCGCGGCAUGGGCAGCAUCGAUGCCAUGGAAGACAAGAAGGCCGGCGCUGGUAGCAAGGAUUCAAAGGCCAGCAAUGCUGGUACUGCCCGGUAUUUCUCCGAGGGUGACCGACUCUUGGUCGCUCAAGGUGUCUCUGGAUCUGUGCUUGACCGGGGUUCUAUCACGAAGUUCGUUCCAUACCUCAUAACUGGUGUUCAACACUCUCUCCAGGAUAUGGGCGUCAGGAGCGUCACGGAACUCCAUGAUCGCGUCGAGGAUGGCACUGUGAGGUUCGAGCUGAGGACUGCAAGUGCUCAGGCUGAGGGUGGUGUCCAUGGCCUCGAGAGUUUCGACAAGAAGCUAUACUCGUAGAAAAGUGAGUUUUUGGGAAUGGCGUUGUGGGUCAGUGAAAGGGCGGAAUAUUUCUCACAGCCAUCUAGAUGGCUUAUAAAGUCGAACGAUUAGAUAUGGAGUAAUGAUUGAUAUAACGAGGAACGUCUGG